GCCGAGAGGGGGCGGGGCUUUCUCGGAAAACCCAAACAGAUGCUUUCGCUUUGCUGCGGGGCCGGCUGGGGGCGAGCGCUGCGGGGCCGGCUGGGGUUUCAUCAUGACCCCUUGUGGUCUUCUCACCAACUCCAAACAGCCAGUGCCUCUUAAGAGCAUCUCUGUGGAUGUGUCUGUCCAUGAGUUCGUGGCAGAUGUUUCUGCAACCUUGGACUAUAAGAAUGAGGAAAAAGAACCCGUGGAAGCAUUCUUUGUCUUUCCCAUGGAUGAAGACUCUGCUGUUUAUAGCUUCCAGGCACAGGUGGAUGGGAAGAGUAUAGUGGCAGAAAUACAAGAGAAGAAGCAGGCCCAGGAGAAUUAUGAGAAUGCUAUCUCCCAAGGCCAGGAAGCCUUCCUUCUGGAGCAGGAUAGCAGCUCUGGUGACAUCUUUAGCUGCAGUAUAGGAAAUUUGCCCCCUGGUCAGAAGGCUGCUGUUACUUUGAGCUAUGUUCAAGAACUAUCCUUGGAGGCAGAUGGGGCUGUUCGCUUUGUCCUACCAGCUGUCUUGAAUCCACGCUAUCUCUUACAAGAGUCAGCUGCGGCAGACAAUAUCACCUCUCAAAUCCCCCGGCUUCCUAGCAAGGAGCUGCCCUACACAUUUAGUGUCAGUGUCAAUGUCUGCUCUCCCCAUGGCAUUGAGAAAGUCCAGUCCAACUGUCCUCUGAGUCCUCUGCGGUACCUGAAAGAUGACAAGACAGUUGCCCAGAUUUCCUUGGCUGAAGGGCAUAAGUUUGAUCGGGAUGUUGAGAUUCUGGUUUACUACAGAGAGGUGAACACACCCAGUGUUUCUGUGGAGCUGGGCCAGGCUGAUGCUAAACCAGGUUCCCUGAUGGGAGAUCCAGCCGUGAUGGUGAGUUUCUACCCUAGCAUCCCUGAGUCUCAGGAAGAGAGCACUGGUGAAUUUAUCUUCCUCAUGGACCGCUCAGGGAGCAUGUCCUGCCCAAUGCAUAGCCAAGGAGGUGUCCAGUCGCGCAUAGAUAGUGCAAAGGAAACUCUGGUCCUGCUGCUGAAGAGUUUACCUCUUGGCUGUUUUUUCAAUAUCUAUGGAUUUGGAUCAUCCUUUGACUCAUUCUUUCCAGAGAGUGUGGUAUACACACAGCAGUCUAUGGAAGAAGCCGUGCAGAGAGUAAAAGCUCUUGAUGCUGACCUGGGAGGAACUGAAAUCUUAGAGCCACUGAAGGACAUUUAUAGAAAAUCCUGCAGGCCAGGCCACCCUCGGCAGCUCUUUGUGUUCACAGAUGGAGAAGUAUGUGAUACAUGGAAGGUCAUUGCUGAAGUUCAGCGCAACAACCAGAAUCACAGAUGUUUCUCUUUUGGAAUUGGAGAAGGGGCUUCCACCAGCCUUAUUAAAGGCAUUGCUCGGGCAGCGGGAGGUACUGCAGAAUUCAUCACAGGCAAGGACAGAAUGCAGCCCAAGGCUCUCCGGUCUCUAAAGCGGGCCCUACAGCCGGUGGUCCAGGAUGUCUCCCUGACCUGGACUCUCCCCCCUGGGCUGGAGACUACAUUACUCUCUCCAGAUCCUGCUGUCAUCUUCCAGGGUCAGAGGUUAAUUGUCUAUGCCCAGUUGAAAGGCACAAAUGCAUCCAAAGAGGCAGCAGGUGAAGUAUGUCUUCAAUACAAGAUCCAAAGUGAUGGCUUCAGGAACACAGUGCCAUUCUCCCUGAAUCUCAAAGCAGAUGACAAACUUACCAUUCACCGUUUGGCUGCCAAGUCCAUGAUCCAGACCUUUGAUGGAAAUUUAGAGGAUGAUGCAAAAGACAAGAAAAAAGUGGUGGAUAUCAGCCUUCAGUCAGGAGUUGUCUCCUCUCACACUGCCUAUAUUGCUAUCAAUAAGGAACUCAAUCAACCCAUUCAAGGGCCCCUGACUCGGAGAGACAUCCCACUGAGAAUUCCCUAUUAUGGGGCUCCAGCCUACCACUGUUUUUCUGGACCAGGAAUUAUGGCAUCUCCUUGUGCUCUACCUGUGGCUAGAUCCUCACAACCAAAUAGGUGUUUUAGUGGAGGAUUUCUUAAAAGUGCUGGACCUCUCUUUAAAAAAAAGAAGGCUGCUUUGUUUGCACAAUCAGCGGACCUUCCUUUGAAAAUGUCAGCACCCCAAAUUAGGUCAUAUUCCUUGGAUACAGAGGAUUUCAUCACUAAAGAGGCAUGCUCUACAGAGUCCCCACUUCUGCAGCUGAUUUCCCUGCAAAAGGCAGAUGGCUCCUGGGAACUGGAUGAAGCUCUGGCCUCAGUCCUGGAUGUGAGUGUUCAGAGUGCACUGGCUGCUUUGCCUGACCAGAAUAAAGAUGUUCCAACCUGGGCCACUAUCUUGGCUGUGCUGUGGAUGCACAACUUCAGUCAGGACCAAAGAGAAGAAUGGGAACUUCUGGAAAGGAAAGCUGUGGCAUGGAUCCGGGCUCGAUCUGAUUCUUCCCUGGCUGAAUAUGUCAAAGCUGCCAAUGCUCUCCUGAAAUCAUCUGUGGAUCCUGCUGUCUUUGGUCUGUGAGAGCAGAAAUGAAAAUGUUUGUCUUUGGCUGCUGAUCCUUAUCCUCUAUGCUGCUAAAAUCUUUCACUGUAUGUGCCUUUCUGACUCAUUCCCCAUAGAAACUGGUCAAUCAGAUUCUAUUUGGUUCAAUUCAAGUACUUAUUAAAGGCCCUGUUGUGAGUUGGGUAUGUGCUAGGAGCUAAUACUGUGAAGUCACAAGUAAUAACCUUCUGAUACAAGCAUCAUGCAUUCUACUGGGGAAAGCAGCAACUAUACAAAUUAGUAUAUUCAAAAGUAUAUGUGAAAUUAAUAAAAUACUAUUUUUUUGGGGGGGAGGAGAACUAGAAAGAAGCAACAACUAAGGGAAUCAAGAAAGACCUCUCAGUUCUACUAACACUUUAAACCAAAUUAUUCUUUGUUUUUAACUGACAAUUACUCUAGCUUUUCCCCUUGCCCUUUUUAAACUAUCCCAAAGCAUAUUAAAUAGUGUUUCCCCCCCAUUUUAAUCUAAGUGUAGCUAGAGAUUUUAAUUCUAAAGAGAGAGUGAAAAUUUAAGUGAAGAUAGGACAUGCAUCUACAAUGACAUGUGUUAUUGUAUAGCAGAACUAGAAUUAUUUGUGUUAGAUGACUUUAAAAAUUCAUCUAAUACUUUAUCUUCCACAUUACCUGGGUAAAUCUUGGUGAGCAGGUAAAGACCCCAAACAUAGGGACCUUGAGGGUGAAUGCAGGCAUUAGAUUGGGUUGGGAAGAGAUACCCAAAUUGCACUGGAUCAGCUUGAUUCUGUCUGUGUAGCCUUUAAAUCUUCUAUAUCUGCAAGCAUUGAUGAGUGCCCCAUGUCAUCCAUGUAAACUAUUGGAGAUCCAGAGAUUUCUCUGUUAUGUAUGUGCAUGUCUAUGGACUUCUGCCCCUUUGUUCCUUUGCCUUGUUCUCUGCUGAACAGCAAUAAAGGUAAAUCUGGAAUAGAAAUAAACAGCUUCCUCUAUGAUAUGAAGGAAAAUGUGUUUUCAUGUUGCCCUUACAUCCCUACUUGCCUUGGUAUGAGUAUUUGAGUUUUUCAGUACAUGUUAUUUUCUGCAAAUAUUCUAAAACAAGAAUAAAAUGAUUUGCCUAUUAUUG